GAUCGUUCAGCCUGCCUGCUCUAGUCCACUUUUCUCUCUCUCUCUCUGCUGUUCCUUAUCAUUCUUUUCCACCCUUUCAAUCUUUCUCUCUGUCCUUCACUUCUCUUCAGCUGCCAGAAGCUCUCAAGCUCAUCGCUCUCUUUCUCCAACUACUGACGGUUCAGAGGAGCUCCGGACAGAGACCUACAAACAGAAGCAUCCAAGAUGGCAAUGAGCAGCAUCCUCAAAGCAGAUGACAUCAAGAAAGCUCUAGAUGCAUUUGCAGCUGCUGACUCUUUUGACCACAAGAAGUUUUUCGAGAUGGUGGGUCUGAAGACCAAGUCCUUCAGUGAUGUGAAAAAGGUCUUUGCGGUGCUCGACGCUGACAACAGCGGCUUCAUAGAGGAGGAGGAGCUCAAAUUUGUCCUGAAGGGGUUUGCCAGUUAUGGCAGAGACCUGACAGACAAAGAAACCAAAGCGUUUUUAAAAGCAGCUGAUAAGGACGGCGACGGCAAGAUUGGAAUCGAUGAAUUCGCUGCCCUUGUAAAAGAAUGAACAGCUACCAUGAAAGCCCACCUCCAUCACCAUGACUCCCCCUCUCCUCCCCGCCCUCCUGACAGAAGCCAAAUCGCUCCUCCCCGCUCUGCUGUCUUCACAAAGUGUGAUGCUGCAGUGAAGCAGGCUGCAAUCCGCAGCCCCCCCUCACACACAGCAGUGUUCCCUCUUUAUUGUAGGUUUUUAUACAAACUUCGUCUUCACUCGUAGUUAUCAAAUAUGGCUGCAGGAAUGUCACGUUUUAAAGGAUAUGGCUUGAAAUACAUCAUUUCCUGCUAGAUUUGUUCCUCUCUCAGCUUGUUCUUCCACUUUGCCACUUUCUUUCUUCUGUUCUGUUGAUAUCACUUCUAGCCCCCACCCCCCACCUUCUCCCACCAUCACUCAUCCAGUCACUGUCCAUCUCUCUACCCUCGGAUGAGGAGCUGUGAUGGGAAAAAAAAGAAG